AGCUCCCGGGGCUGGGUGGUCAGGUGACCCGGCGGUGGGCAGGCCAGUCUCGGCUUCUCCUUCGCUUUUGGGCUCCGAUGUCGGGGGUGUUUGUGGCUGGAAGACAUGGACUCUGGAGAUGCUCCGAUUUGAUCCGUCGGACGAGCGACCAGCUGAGUCUGUGAAUGGCGCCAAAACAGGAGCCGAAACCCAAAUUUCAAGAAGGUGAAAGAGUCCUGUGCUUUCAUGGGCCAUUGCUCUACGAGGCAAAGUGUGUAAAGAUCAGCAUAAAGGAUAAGCAGAUUAAAUACUUCAUUCAUUACAGCGGAUGGAACAAAAACUGGGAUGAAUGGGUUCCUGAAAGCAGAGUUCUCAAAUAUGUGGACAGCAACCUUGCGAAACAAAAAGAGCUUCAAAAGGCUAAUCAGGACCAUUAUGUUGAGGGAAAGAUGAGGGGUUUAGCACCAAGUAAGAAGAUUGCUGCUGUGCAGCAGAAAAAUGUUGAUCUGAAAGUGAAAAAGGCAAAACAGAAGACCCCAGGGCCGGGUGAAGGUACCAGCAGCGGAGAAACGCCGCAGGGACCACGGAAGAAGAGGGCUCGGGUCGAUCCCACUGUGGAGAGUGAGGAGAUGUUCACUAACCGUGUGGAGGUGAAGGUGAAGAUCCCCGAGGAGCUGAAGCCCUGGUUGGUGGACGACUGGGACCUCAUCACUCGACAGAAACAGUUAUUUCAUCUGCCUGCUAAGAAGAAUGUAGAGACUGUCCUGGAGGACUAUGCAAACUAUAAGAAAUCAAAAGGAAACUCGGACAACAAGGAGUAUGCAGUAAACGAAGUGGUGGCAGGAAUUCGUGAGUACUUCAACGUUAUGCUGGGCACGCAGCUGCUUUACAAGUUCGAGAGGCCGCAGUAUGCUGAGAUCCUGGCUGAACACCCAGACAUGCCAAUGUCGCAGGUUUACGGCGCUCCACACUUGCUGCGACUAUUUGUUCGUAUCGGAGCCAUGCUGGCCUACACUCCACUGGACGAGAAGAGCCUGGCUUUGCUGCUCAGUUACCUCCAAGAUUUCCUCAAGUACCUGGUGAAGAAUUCGUCCACCCUGUUCAUUGCCAGUGACUACGAGGUCGCACCCCCAGAGUACCACCGCAAGGCAGUUUGAGAACUCUCAGCACACAGCUCAUUGAGACACAUCAUCCCAGGCUCCCAGAACACAUGUAAAAUAAACAUUAUCUUUUGAGUGCAGACUUGGAUGAGAUUUUUCACUUGAAAUGAUGCGCUUCCUCCUCCUCGUUCUCAGGAGCUUAUCACAGUUGAGAUGUCCAAUAUUUGAAGUUUCGCUUAACCUUCCUCUCUCUCUCUCUCUCUCUCUCCUCCCCCUUUGUGCCCUUUUUCUCUCACCUCUUU